AUGGCCCGCAUGCCCGGGAAAUAUUCUCCCCCGAACGGUGCCCUGUUCCUCGCUCGUCUGCAACCAACCAACGAGGCAGUGGGCUGUGUCGGCCUGCGACCCCUGACAGAGCCUGGAGGUAUCGGAAUCGGCAUCGCUGAGAUGAAGCGACUCUACGUCGAUCCAGCCGGCCGAGGGAUGGGCGUGGGCAGGAAACUCGCGGAUGCCGUGGUUGCGGAGGCCAGACGGCUGGGCUAUGAAGCCGUGCUGCUCGAUACGCUGCCGCAUAUGCUCUCCGCCAUCGGGCUCUAUAAGUCCCUGGGGUUUGUUGAGGUCGAGCCGUAUUACGCGACGCCGUUGGAGGGGACUGUCUUUUUGAGGCUGGAUCUCAAGAGCGGUUUGGGCGAGUGA